AUGCAAGAAAACGAAGAAGAAAAGGCGGAGAACGAUAAAUCUUCGGAGCCUUUCAAUUUGGUCGACCGAAGUGAAUCAAGAGAAGAGCAGCAAAUUGAAGAGUUUCCUCGCAGCGCCUCUCCAAUCAAUGACCUAUGGGCCUCUCCACUAAAGGAACCCAAGAAUGGUAUUGUGGAGCGACGUGUCUGCCCACCCGAAGGAAAACCAACGCGACAAACAAAUCAACUCGAUUAUCUGCUGCACCAUGUCAUCAUUAAAGCGCUUAAAAGCCGAUAUGCUUUAGAGUUCAAGUAUCCUGUAAACGCAGUCAGGCUCAAAUUGAACGAUUACCACAAUGUGGUUAAACGUCCGAUGGAUUUAACUACAAUUGAAAAUCGCCUAUUGAAUGUUUAUUACACUUCCGCCAACGAAUGUCUUAGGGAUAUUGAGACGAUUUUCGAGAAUUGUUCUCUCUACAAUUCACCAGAUAAUUAUGUGUCUAAACAAGCUGGCGAACUGCGAUCUUUGAUUUAUAAACUUGUUGCUAACAUGCCCAAGGAGGAAAUAACACAAACUACUACGAAAGCAUCUCGUGUUCUUAAACGCUCAUUUGAGCAGAUGGUGAUGGUAUCAGUGGAGCCAGAACCACUACCGCCCAAAGCUUCAAGCAACGCACUCAAGUGUACCAAAUCUAUAGCCAAGAAAUCAGUCGACGACGAUUCGAUUUUCAAGUUACCAGCUUACAUACGCAGAAGUGGCAACAGCAAAAGCUCGGCAUCACCUCUAAGAAAGCGCGUUCGACCACUUGUUCGUAAAACUAUUGAUGUUUUUCCACAAGGAAGAAACCACGGUGAUGUUGAUAAAGAAGUAGAAGAAAUUUCGAAGCCGACUUCAGUGCAAAAGCUGCUUCCCAAGAACAAGAAAAACUCAAGCGGUGCCGAUGAAAAUGCCAAUGAAACUGUUGGGGAUGUCACGCAAUGCACUCUCUUUGACUCAGAGCAAGGGACUAGUAAAAAGAAGCACCAGAAGCCAAGCGAAGAUGGCAGAACAAGCGAAAAAAUGGACAGUGCUGAAACAAAGAAACCUCUAAAGGGAUCAUGG